GUGGAUUUUGAGGAUGUGAUCGCUGAGCCCGUGGGAACAUACAGCUUCGACGGCGUCUGGAAAAGCAAGUACUGGUCCUACCGUCUGCUCUCCGCCAUCCUGGGCAUCCCGCUGGCAGUGCUCUGGGGCUUCCUCUUCGCCCUCAUCUCCUUCUGCCACAUCUGGGCCGUGGUGCCCUGCAUCAAGAGCUACCUGAUCGAGAUCCAGUGCGUCAGCCGCAUCUACUCACUCUGCAUCCACACCUUCUGCGACCCGCUCUUCGAGGCGCUCUCCAAGAUCUGCGGCAACAUCCGAGUAGCUCUCCGGAAGGAGAUCUAG